GCGCAUGCGCAAAUCUCUCCUUUCGCCGAUCAUUUUAUGCCGACUAUUUCACAUUCUUCUGAUUUGUAAGUUUAUGCGUCCAUUUGUUGGAUGUGAAGCGUGAGCAAAGGUUCAUCAUGCAAAUUUUCGUGAAAACUCUUACGGGGAAGACCAUCACCCUCGAAGUUGAGGCAUCAGAUACUAUUGAAAAUGUAAAGGCAAAAAUACAAGAUAAAGAAGGAAUUCCACCAGAUCAACAAAGACUGAUCUUCGCUGGAAAACAACUGGAAGAUGGGAGAACUUUAUCUGACUAUAACAUUCAAAAAGAGUCUACUUUACAUUUAGUGUUGCGCUUGCGAGGUGGUGCAAAAAAGCGCAAGAAGAAGAAUUAUUCGACUCCCAAAAAAAUUAAACAUAAAAAGAAGAAAGUGAAAUUAGCAGUGCUGAAGUACUAUAAGGUGGACGAAAAUGGAAAAAUCCAUCGUUUGCGCCGUGAAUGUCCUAUGGAACAAUGUGGUGCGGGUGUGUUUAUGGCAGCAAUGGAAGACCGCCAUUACUGUGGCAAAUGCGGAUACACUCUUGUUUUUAAUAAGCCAGAUGACAAAUAAAGUCCGGCAGAAAUGAACUCUUA